AUGGAUAAACCAGAGCUAUCCCAUCAUGUUGCAUUUCAUGUUCCCGAGCAGGAGCAUGAUACUAUACAUUUGAGGCCGCCUGCAAUCAGUUUGCGAUCAAUGAGCAAAAGCGAUCCUCAUCUAUGCGUUCCACAUCUUCUACUCAUCCUUCACUCAAUCGUAUUGUAUCUGGCCUGUUCCACGUUGACAAUGCUCUUCGCACUCCAAAUGCUUCAUGCGGAAAUCUUGAGGUCCUCGGCCGUUUCUCAAGCUGCUACUCUCCGUAAAUCUACUUCUGCAGUCGAUUGGAGUGGGGUUGUGGGAGAUGUACAGAAAAGGAAUCUGAAGCCGUAUGGUUGGCACGAGACAGUAGGCAAAACUGCAACCGAACCUGCUCGUAGUGGUCUUCAGCUGGCAUUGAUGAAUUCUGCACACAAUCAUGAUGAAGGUCUUGUUAUGAGCUGUUCUAACCACAACCGUGAGAUAAAGGCUAUGAAUGCGCCGGCACAUCGUCAAGAGCACGUUCCACAUGGUCUUGUAGCUUCAGCUUCUUCUUUGAAUUCGUCCAACGCUCCUCUCGAGAGUCAUGGGGUGUUUGGUGGAGUAUUCCAUCGCGGCUUCUUCUCAAAACCCGUUGUACGCUCGGAAGAGGAAAACUAUCGCUAUCUUAUGGCUCUCGACCGCUGA